AUGAGCGGUUUCCGCGGGGUGAUGAAGGAUGGAUGGCAUCCAAAAGGCAAAGAUGGCGGUCAAGAGAGCUGGCGGAGGGACUUCAAGGGUAUUGAUCAAGUCGCGGGCUGGUUAGGCAAGGGCAAAGACACCACUCCCCGAGAAGAGCAUGUAUCUCGUCCGUUGUCGUCUCUGAAGGAUCCCGCAUCCUUUGGGCCUCCUCCCAAGCAUAUCAAUUACCAUGGUGCUGCUGCUGUCCCGAACAGAACUACACCGGAUCGCACGGGUCUGGGUGCACCUCUCUCACAGGAGCAGAUACAACAACAAAAUGCACGUCUGGAGGCUGAGCACUAUGCUCAAGAACAAGAAAGCCAGAAACCUCCACCUCCUCCUCGGCCAUAUGUUGCCGACACGACUGGCCUGGCUACCAACAACCUUCCCCCUCCCCCGGUUCGACGUAUCAACUCUCCUGCGCAGUCGACAACGUCAAGCAGCUCGAGACCUAUGCCCAGCUUACCGCCCCGGCUGCCUGCCAGAAGGAACUCCCCGUCCCAACCGUCGACACCGCCACCGGCAUACAGCCCGACACAGGAACCGGAACCGGAGGCCCACGGGUUCCUGAAUCAACAUGCGACCUCGAGACUGAGCCAGGCGGGCGUCUCUGUACCUGGCUUAGGUAUCGGGGGAACAAAUGCCGGGAGAGAUAGCGCACCGCCCACUUCGUCGAGGACGGCUGCCCCCGUGAACGAGCUGCAAUCUCGGUUCUCAAGGAUGUCGACCACCUCUGCUGCCACCAGUCAAGAGGACCCCGCACCAGGGACCACAAUGACAAGCCACCAGAGCGGUCAGAAUCAAUUUGCGUCUGAGAGCGGAACAAAUAAUACACGGAGUAUAGGCUCACGCAUCAACGACUUCCGGGAUCGCCAUAGCGAUCAGAUUGAUGCCGGGAAGAAGCAUCUUGAUACUGGCAAGAAGAAGAUCAGUGGUGUCAACGAGAAGUACCAGAUUACGAACCGGAUCAAUGGAAAGAUCAAUGGCUAUCUCGACCGGCCUGGAAAUAAUAACAAUAGAUCCUCUCCGGCACCACCGCCGCCGCCGCCUCAUACGGGCUCGAAUCGACCUUCAAUCGCAAGCCCACCGUCGCUGGGCAAGAAGAAACCACCCCCUCCGCCUCCGCCCAAGAAGCCGGGGAUGCGAACGACCCCCUUGAGUCCGGUCGAUGCGCAGUCCCCACUCCCUCCCCCACUACCGUUGGGAACUAAACCCCGCUGA